AUGGCUGCCAAGAGCCCAAGACGGCUCGGCGCUGGACGGUACCUUGGGUCAGGUGGCCUCUUAUUCGAGCAAACAAGGCGCCCUGGUUUAAGCAUGAAUUUAAGCGUUGUCAGCCACUUGCUUGGCACGGCUGGGGGGUGUCUACAGAAGACAAAAAGGGAAAACAUGGCAUUCUGCUCCAAUCCCAAGGGAGCAGCGACGCUUCAAUCAAGCGAUAUCACUACAGUAGACAUGGGGUCCCUAUCUACCCUGUCCAGCAAGAAAAAAGGACACAUGCUUGACAUUGUCGGCCGUCAACUAGAGCCCGUGGCUUGA